UUAUGGAUAAUCCCCACGCCGCUCAGCAGCAGCAACAGGGCCAGGAUGAUCAGCUAUUAUCAGAACCGAACCAUACCAGUGUGAGUCCCAUGGGGGGAAGUGAGGCGGCAGUUGUGGCGUUUGCCAGCUCUUCGAAUGGAGCAGCCGGAGCGGGAGAAGCAUUCUACCGAGGCUUGGCGGCGCUGACGGGCAAUGCCAGCGGGAUUAACGGAUUAGACGGAACCAAUAGCACCGAGACGGGAAUUUCUGCACCAGGCUACACCGAUUCAACCGUGGCCGUCAUCAUCGUGUACUGCGUGCUGUUCAUCAUUGCUGCCGGCGGCAAUCUGUCCGUCGUGAUAACCCUGUUCCGUUCUCGACGCCACCGUCGCUCCCGCGUCAGUCUCAUGAUUUGCCAUCUGGCUGUGGCAGACCUGAUGGUGGCCUUCAUCAUGAUUCCUCUGGAGGUCGGAUGGCGCAUCACGGUCCAGUGGCACGCUGGUAAUGUUGCCUGCAAGGUGUUCCUGUUCAUGCGGGCAUUCUGUCUGUACUUGAGUUCCAACGUGCUGGUGUGUGUAUCCCUGGAUCGGUGCUUUGCUGUGAUAUAUCCGCUACGGGUUUCGGCCGCCCGGAAACGGGGCAAAAUAAUGCUUGGCGGAGCGUGGUUCGUCGCAUUUGCAAACGCAAUUCCACAGAGCAUCAUAUUCCGUGUUCAGCAGCAUCCACAGGUGCCGGGAUUCACACAGUGUGUGACGUUUGGGUUUUUUCGAACCCCCGGCAUGGAAACGGCGUACAAUCUGUUCUGCGUGGUGGCGAUGUACUUCAUGCCGCUGAUGGUCAUCAGCGCGGCCUACACGGUCAUCCUGUGCGAAAUAUCCAACCGGUCGCGGGAGAAAGAGACGAGCGAUACGAGCCACACCGGAGGGAUGAGGCUCCGUUGCAACGACCUGACGCACAUCGAACGUGCCCGGCAGCGGACGCUCCGGCUCACCAUCACCAUCGUAGUCGUGUUCGUGUGGUGCUGGACACCGUACGUCGUGAUGACACUCUGGUACAUGUUCGACCGGGAAAGUGCUCUCAAAGUAGACGGCGCCAUCCAGGAUGGGUUGUUUCUGAUGGCCGUGUCAAACUCGUGCAUGAACCCGCUGGUGUACGGUUCCUAUGCGAUGAAGUGUCGACGGCCCUGGCGGAGGCAGAACGUACCGAACGGGGUACAGACGCCGAACGCAGCACAGCGGAGAUCGACAGAUGCGGGAAUGGCGGGACCGCACUCGGAUCGGCUGACGGGACGGGACAAUAAGGACGAGUUGGUGUCCGAGCGGGAGCAGAACCAACUCAAGCUCAAUCAGUUCAGCGUCACCGACGGGAUCCUGGCCAAGGUCGGCAUCGGACACACUGGCACGACGACGGGUGGCGUUGGAGGCACAACCGUGGCAACGACGAGAUUCGGAUACUAUUCUUCGGUUGUUGGCGGACGGAUCGUCAGCGAGCCAAUCCGAACGGUGGCGAUGAGCAGCGGCAUCACCCGGAAGGGUUUCCAGCCGAGCUGCAGCGAGUUUGCAGUGUUGGCAGACGAACGGUCGCUGAUGCUGUCGCGGCCAUCGUUCUACUCGGAUCCGACGCCGAACGAGUGCGACUCGACGGUCGACUGCGGUCUGACCCGGAGUCUGGACACCGGUGGUUGGCGAUGAUAAACCAACAGCCGACGCAGUCGAACCAAAACUAGCUAGAAAAAGUGCGUACGCGACGACAACCUGGAUGCUGUAACUUUCCGUACAAUUAAAUUACUGUGUGAAUAGUGAGUAAAACCGUGACUA